AUGAGGCUUCUGAUCCUUCUGAUUGCAUCCCUAGCCGAGCCCCUUUUGACCCAGGUGGAGUUGAGGCAAAUUCAAGCACUUGCUCCUGCAUGGAAAGCUGGCAUCCCGGAGCGACUGAAGAACCUGACGAAGAACGACUUCAAGAAGAUGCUAUCAGCAGGCAGUCCACGUACGCAAUCAUCCAUUGUUCGACCUGUUCGUGUCCCUGAAAACGAAGAUCCUGUACCAGAUCACUUUGACUUCCGGGAAGAGUAUCCACAGUGCAUAACGGAGGUUAUUGACAUAGGCCUUUGCUCGUCCAGCUGGGCGUACUCUGCUGUUGAUGCCUUUAGCCACAGACGCUGUCUAACCGGCCUGGAUCAGGAAGCCACACGUUACUCCGCCCAGUACAUCCUGUCUUGUUCUUCAACGAAUGGUUGCUUUGGAUUUUCAACCCGAGAGAGUAUAGCGUGGGACUUUAUUGCGACGACGGGUAUCCCCUUAGAAAGCUGUGUCAAGUAUACAGAUUAUGACCAAACACAGUCCAGGCCAUGCCCGAGUACGUGUGAUGACGAUUCCUUCCUCGAAGUUUAUAAGCCCGACGGUUAUGAAGGCGUCGGACUCAAUUGUGAAAGGCUGAAGCGUGCAGUUGCUCUCAGAGGACCCAUGCAGGCUAUGUUCACCGUUUAUGAGGAUUUCACAUACUAUUUGGAGGGCAUCUACUCCUACACAUAUGGUAACAGAGUUGGUUUUCUUUCUGUUGAGAUAGUCGGCUAUGGCACAAGCGACGAAGGGCAAGACUAUUGGAUUGUAAAGAACUACUGGGGCCCGGGCUGGGGAGAAGAUGGCUAUUUCCGUAUUGUUAGGGGCCAGAAUGAAUGCCAGAUUGAGAACUCUGCCUAUGGUGCUAUAAUAAGCCCUAACAAACCAUCCAUGGCCACCAAGUGA